AAUACAGUGACCCCCGCCUACAAAUCAUCAGAAAAAAAAAAACUCACCAUUGAGUUUUCAAGAAAAGCGGUCUUUUUUUUUCUCUUUCACUUCUCCCCUCUCUCUUUCUUACUGAAUUACACAAACAUGCUUCGCACCACUGCUGCUACUCGUACUAACCUUGCUCGUGUUUUGGGCCGUCGUAACGCUUCCACCAAUGUUGCUGUUCAAAACCUUGAAACUCGUUGGAAGACCCUUUCCACCGCUGAACAAAACACUAUCGCCAAGCAACUCGAAGAAGCACAAAAGGGUGAUUGGAAGGCCCUCUCUUUUGACGAAAAGAAGGCUGCCUAUUACAUUGCCUUUGGUGCUCAUGGUCCCCGUGAACCUUUGACCAAGCCUGGUCAUGGUAUGAAGGUCUUUGGUGGUGUUGUUGGCACUCUUGUUGCCUCUGGUGCUCUCUUCUACGCUAUCCGUGUUGGUGGUCAAGAAACUCCUCGUACCAUCAACAAGGAAUGGCAAGAAGCUACCAACGAAUAUCUUAAGAGCCAAAACUCCAACCCCAUCUUUGGUAUUUCUUCAGAAGGAUACAAGGGCACCGGUUAUGUCAGCAAAUAAACACUCUAUCAUUAUUAAUCUCCAACCUACAGAAAAUUUUGUAUAUCACGUUUUAGACUUUCUUAAACGUUUUCUUUAUGUUUGUUAUAAAGCUUCAUUCAAAAAUGGGUUUCAUGUGGUAUGCACAUAUAGUGUUUGUAACCAAAAAAAAAAAAAAAAAUCAGAACAUAAAAAAAA